AUGAAUAACGGGCAAUCUUCCACUUCGAAUGGCUUAGACCCCGAAAGGGUUAAAGAAGAAUUGGAAUCUGUGGAAUUGGACGAAGAAGAAGAAGAAGAAGAAGAAGAAGAAGAGAUAUCGUCGACAACCGCUCAGAGGCUCUUUCAGGAUGUCAUGACGGAUAUCAACGUGGAAAUGGCUGAGCUUCAGCAUGAGAUUGAGCUCUUCACUCCAGAGGAGCAAGCCUGGAUCAAUGACCAGGCCGUGAUCAAUCUCAAGGACGUUCAGAAGACCGUGGCAUUCGCUCGUCGGAAGGAUAUGGAGCAUACCACGAAGUACCAGAAGAUGCUUCUGGAGCAGAAGCGCAAGGCUCUGAAGACGUUCAAGAAGCGCCUCGAGCAGAACACGAGAUACAACCCGGGAAGAGUUGCGAAGAGUCGUGCCGCGGAGACCACAUAUCCCAGUGACGAUGAGAUCGAAGUGCUCCACGAGAAAGUGGUGAAGAAGAAGAAGAGCAAGAAGAAGUGA